UCUCUUCCAACUGAAAAUGAAGAUUCAUUCUUCAGUCGACAAAAUCAAAUUCAACUGAAAUUUCAUCCAUGCUGUCAAACCAUCCAUUCAACUCAAUCACCCUGCAAUGAUAAUCUCUAAAUCUCGCUUAGAAUCAAUCGUUUCAUGGUUCGUAACAGUCCAUCCUAACGAAAUCUCUGCACUCAUCUACUCCGCCUCUUCUUUCUUCUUCAUUUUGAGUGCAUAUUUUGUGGUACUUCCUUUUUGUUGCAUCGUUGCUGCUGCUCACACUGAUUGCUGCGCCAGUUUCCACUCUCAUUUUUUCGUUGCCUAAUCUUUCUAAAGGAAAGGAUUUGGUUUUGAUUCACUGAUUUUUCAGCAUUUCUCUUGUUAUAUUAUUUAUUCUAUGGCUUUCCUCCAUCCCUGGAAGUUCCUUUUCCAGUUUCAAGAGAUUCUUUCGUGUCAACUCCACUAUAAAGGAGGAGCUUAAGAUAAUGGUUAACCAAACCAUUCCAGCAAAUUCUGGUGGCUUGGGAAAACAUGGAUGGUUUUUCUUUUCAUAACCGUAAUUGCCACCACAGUGACAAGCCCUGCGGACAGAAGAAGAUUAUUUGCACAGAUACUUAGGGGCAGCUUACGUUGAUGGGGCGCAUCCUUACUCUUGCUGGGGUUACUAUAGUGAUUAGCUGUGCACCGAUUGUUGCCUUCAUAAAUCUGAUUUCUUUAGCUGUGUGGCCAUCAUGGAUUGCAGUUGCCAUCUCUGAAACCGUACAGAAGAUGGUUACAUAUGUUAUUACCAGGCCUGGAAGGGAGCUCCUUUUCACUGUUGUUACACAAAAUGAGAAGUAUAAAGCAAAGGUAUGCAUAGAUGUAAUUGUUCAAAGGCUUGGAGAUGCCACUGCUGCUGCGAUCUAUAAGCUACUUUUCAGCACUCUAAAAGGCGAAGCAUCAAUUGUUGCUCUCUAUGCAUUGCCAGUUUGCUUUGUAUCGACUGUGACUGCUGACCAUUUAGGAUGCCGGCGAACACAACUUGCAAAGCUAAGAGCGUCUCAACCACCCGAGGCUUCUUAAAGAUGAUAUUUCGUAGAAUUCCAUGUACAAUAUGCUAUGGGUGCCAACAAGUUUGUGAUGUAGGAAAUGUAGUAUAGGAUGGCUCCUUGUUACGUUUUCGAGGCUGCUACAGGUACUAAUAGUUCAUGUUACAUUUUCAUGAUU